ACGGCACGGUCCGACAUUCGGUGUCGUAGCGCGGUUAGUGUGUGGACAUUCGCGACCCAGUACCUAAUUGUGGGCAAAUCGGUGUGUGUGGGUGUGUGUAUGUGUUUGCGGCUACUAAUCCUGCGCCGAUGAGUGCGCAGCGAAAGAUGUCUUUCCGUUACACAACUGCCACCUAACGAAAGAGAGAGAGAAAGAAACAACUUAAAAGUGCAGCAGCUAGUUGUGGUGUCCAGUGUUCCCGGUUGGUCCCUGGGUUGGGUGACGGGUUUCACCGGCCCGGCAGACGAAGUUCUUUCCGAUUUCGCCCUUGUGGCCGCAUGCAGACGAUCGCGCGUUGAUUACCGGGACACACCGCCGACAUCGGUGCUGUUGUUUCCGAAGCGAUGUUUAUCGUUACUCGGCGGCCCACGAAGUGAUAAGGCGUCGACGACGACGGCGACAGUGACUCCAUAUGGUGCAGUGAAAAGCUAGCCACAUGCCACACCGUUGUGCCAAUGAACGAGACGGGUUGGAACGAGACACUUUCCGGAACUCCCCAGAACGGCCAGCGGAAGCCAGCGCGCAGGAUAAAGAGCCCGGUUUUCACUGCCGGCUCCGGAUAAGCUUCCCACAGAUACACACACUAACUGGACUCCCCUUGGGAUAACACCGUAAGUUGAGCGGAACCCUUCGUGAAUCAGGAGCGAGCAUCGCAGUGAUCGCGGAUCGACUCCCAGUGUCGAUCUUCGCGAUCUUCCCCGGUCAUGGCCAGCCCGUCGUGUUGGCGCAUACUGACCCGCCGGAAGGUGCUCUCGUAUGAUGGCGGCCCGGAAAAGCUGGGGCGCAUCCUCAACACGUUCGACCUGACCGCACUCGGCGUGGGUGCCACGCUCGGUGUCGGCGUUUACGUGCUCGCGGGCCACGUCUCCAAGGAUCAGGCGGGGCCAUCGGUCGUGCUAUCGUUUCUCAUCGCCGCGGCUGCCUCGUUCCUGGCUGGUCUGUGCUACGCCGAGUUCGGAGCGCGGGUUCCCAAGUCAGGAUCGGCGUACAUCUACAGCUACGUAUGCAUCGGCGAGUUUAUGGCGUUCAUCAUCGGCUGGAAUCUGAUGCUAGAGUACAUCAUCGGGUCGGCCAGUGUCUCGCGGGGACUCAGCCUCUACAUCGACACGCUCGCCAACGACACGAUGAAGCUACGGUUUCGGGAGGUGGCCCCGAUCGAGUGGGACUUCAUGUCGGACUACUUUGACUUUUUCGCCUUCUCGGUGGCGAUCUUGCUCGGCGUCGCUCUGGCGUUCGGAUUGAAAAAGUCCACCAUGGUGAACAAUGCGUUUACCGUGCUCAACAUCUUCAUCGUGCUGUUCGUGAUCGUAGCCGGGGCGAUCAACGCCGACGUGGACAAUUGGCGCAUCGAUCCGGAAACGGUGCCCAACAUUUAUGCGCCCGGCGAGGGAGGUUUCUUUCCGUUCGGCUUCGAGGGAACGCUGCGCGGGGCGGCCACCUGCUUCUUCGGGUUCGUCGGAUUCGACUGCAUCGCGACGACCGGCGAAGAGGUGCGGAACCCCCGGAAGGCGAUCCCGCGGGCGAUCCUCUUCUCGUUGUGCACCAUCUUCCUGGCGUACUUUGGCGUCUCGACCGUGCUGACGCUAAUGUGGCCGUACUACAAGCAGGACGUGAACGCACCGUUGCCGCACGUGUUCAACGAAAUCGGGUGGCACUUUGCCAAGUGGAUCGUCGCCAUCGGCGGCAUCAUCGGGCUAGUGGCCAGUCUGUUUGGGGCGAUGUUCCCCCAGCCGCGAAUCAUCUACGCGAUGGCACAGGACGGGCUAAUAUUUCGCUUCCUGGGGGAGGUUAGUCCACGAUUCAAGACGCCCGUCAUCGGGACGCUGUGCGCGGCGAGCCUCACCGGCACGCUCGGCGGGCUGUUUGACCUGAAGGCGCUCGUCAACAUGCUGUCGAUCGGUACCCUGAUGGCGUACACCGUCGUCGCCAUCUCAAUACUCAUCCUGAGGUUUUCGGAAAACCCCGAUCCGGCGAUUCCGUCCACGAGCAGGGAUGUGUACGAGUCGUCGAAUCUGCUGAAAGCGCGCGAACGCGUGACCGGUUCGGUCUUCUGCAAACAGCUGCUUAAUCUCUCCUGCGUCCGGCUGCCGACGAACGUGUCCGCCCGUGUGGUCGGCGUGCUGGUGACAGUCUAUUGUCUCCUCUCGGUAGCACUAGCGCUGACGAUCUACUACGCGCAGGACGCGCUAUACGAUACGGAAGCGUGGGCUUGGACACUGUUUGGCAUACUGCUCGCCUGCACCCUGCUCGUCCUGCUGCUCAUCUCCAUACAGCCGCGCGAGCAAGCGGACGCUCCGUUCCGGGUACCCCUGGUGCCGCUGCUGCCGGGGAUCAGUAUUUUUGUCAACAUCUACCUGAUGCUGAUGCUCGACGUCUACACCUGGAUACGAUUCGGUAUCUGGAUGGCAUUCGGUUUGGCGAUAUACGCAUUUUACGGUUUCAAAAACAGCUACAGGGAAGUGUACGCCAGUCACUUCGGAUGGACAAAGAUGAAGUACGUGCACUAGAGCGAUCCGACGGAUCGGAAGCCGAGCCCAAGCAUCAGCACGGAGAUCGCAAAACAGUACCACCCCGUACGAAGACUGGAAGGACGGACGGCCAUCCAAUAUGGACGUGACAUGGGACUAAGCUAUGAUUUGGGUAAGAGAGGUUCCAAACACACAAAUUGCAAACAUCCGGCAGCUUCCGGAAGUGUGUGCGAAAGUGGCGUAGGUAUGAUACGUUUAGAGUAAGAGUGCAGGAAACGAUAAGUAAGCGAUAGAUUAGUGGCCGAUUAGUGUUGUGUUCUGUUUUGCCAUUUCCCAACCGUGUAGCGUUUAAGAAGUGUGUAAGCAAUCUAUCGUACCCUCGCCGAUUUCGUGUGAAUCCGGUUGUACGGUUGUGAAAAUAUUAUGACCAGUAGUAUGAUGAUGGCUGUAGUGUUUAUGCUCUUCCACCUUUAUUUGUAGAAUAAAUUAAUAGA